CAUCCGAGCACAGUACAGCUACCCCACAUAGGAGUCUUGCGGUGCCGACUCUUCGGCAUCUGGUUCUGAGCGACUUUGCAACGCGCAACGUCCCUUUUGGCGCAGCAGAUUCGGUAUUGGAUUCUGCGCAUUUCUACACCGACAACCCCAUGGGCGAAUUUCUUCCGAGUCUGGAAUUGCCUCCCGAGGCCGUCAAGAACCACGGAAUGGAGAAGAUCACGGACAAGAUCGCGGCGCUGCCCGCGGGCACCGACUACUUCUCGCUGGAGUUCUUCCCUCCCAAGACCGCCAUGGGCUUCUCCAACCUCCGCGGCCGGCUGGAUCGCAUGGCGAGGGCUCUGCGCCCGCUCUUCGUCAACGUCACCUGGGGCGCGGGGGGCUCGACAGCCAUCAAGUCGCUGGAGCUGGCCGAGAUCUGCCAGAGGGAGCUGGGACUGACGACAUGUCUGCACCUCACCUGCACCAACAUGAGCCGCCGUCUGAUCGACAAGGCGCUUGACGACGCCAAAGCCCUCGGCAUCCGCAACAUUCUCGCGCUGAGAGGCGACCCGCCGCGGCGGGCCGAGUAUCGCGACUUCAACGAGCCGGAGCCGACCGACGAGGAAGAGGAGUUCGCAUGGGCCGUGGACCUGGUCCGCUACAUCCGCAAGACGCACGGUGACUACUUCUGCAUCGGCGUAGCCGCGUAUCCGGAGGGGCACGCCGACGGGAGCCAUCCCCUGGGACAGAGCCUGGAGCAUGACCUGCCGUACCUGGUGGAGAAGACGCAGGCCGGAGCCGACUUCAUCAUGACUCAGUUGUUCUUCGACAUCAAGGCAUACAAGCACUUCGAGAAGACGUUGCGGGAGCAUCCGAGCGGCGCGUUCAAGGAUAUCCCCAUCAUCCCCGGACUGAUGCCUAUCCAGAGCUACCAGAUGAUCAGGCGGACGACAAAGCUGAGCCAUGCCAAGAUCCCCGAUGCCUUGCUGGCGCGGUUAGAUGCGGUCAAGAACGACGACGAAAAGGUGAAGGAGGUGGGAGUAGACAUCAUCAGCGAAAUCGUGGAGCAAAUCAGGGAGAUCAAGAGCAGGACCGACGCGCCGAGGGGUUUCCAUUUCUACACGCUCAACCUGGAGAAGGCCGUGUCGUUCAUUGUCGAGCGGACGGGGCUGAUUUCACCGACGACUCCUGAGCCGGAACAAGCCAUCGACGACCAACAAAAUCCGCUCCCGGACAUUGGGCUUCUGCGCGUCAACGGCUCUGACCAGUCCUCGCAGGAACCGCCGCGUAGACGCCAGCCGUCCAUCGGAUCCGACCCGCGCGACCGGGUCAUAGUCCCGGGCCGGUCGGCCUCCUACCCGGACUGGGAGGCGACGGCACUGGAGGCCAGCGUCCCCGCGGGGCCCAUCAACUCCCGCGCCAACACGCUCGCGAUAUCCGAGGGCGAGGGCGUGCUGGGCCGCGAAGCGACCUGGGACGACUUCCCCAACGGGCGCUGGGGCGACGCGCGGUCGCCAGCCUACGGGCAGAUCGACGGCUACGGCGUCAGCCUGCACGUCACGGUGGCGCAGGCGCGGGAGCUCUGGGGCACGCCCCGGACGCCGCAGGACGUCAGCGCCAUCUUCAUCCGCCACCUCCGCGGCGAGCUGUCGACCAUCCCCUGGAGCGAGGAGAGCUUCAGCGCCGAGACGGACCAGAUCCGCGACCGGCUGGUCGCGCUCAACUCCAAGGGCUGGUGGACGCUGGCCUCGCAGCCCGCCGUCAACGGCCUGCCGUCGAGCGACCCGACCUUCGGCUGGGGACCCGAGAACGGCUUCGUCUUCCAGAAGGCCUUCGUCGAGUUCUUCCUGCCGUCCGAGGACUGGAAGGCGCUCGAGCAGAAGCUCACGCGGCCCGAGAUGAAGGACGUCGUGUGCUUCUACGCGACCAACGCCGCUGGCGAUUAUGUCAGCUCCGACACGGCGUUCCCCCGGGCUCCCGCCGCCGCGCGCGGCGGCGCGGCCGCCGGCGAGCAGCAGGAGGCCAGCACGAAUGCCGUCACCUGGGGCGUGUUCCCCGGCAAGGAGAUCGUCACGCCGACCAUCAUCGAGGAGGUCAGCUUCCGCGCGUGGAGCGAGGAGGCGUUCGGCAUAUGGGGGGAGUGGGCCAAGAUCUACGCGAAGGGGUCGGACAGUUCGCGGUUCCUCGAGAGCCUGCGGGCGGAUUUGUGGCUGGUGAACAUCAUCCAUCAUGAUUUCGUGGACAGUGAGGCGCUUUGGGAGCUGUUGCUGGACUAGAGAACGGUGGGGCGUGUGUGUGUGUCUGUGUAUCAUGGCAUGGCAGGCGAGCUGGCUGGCUCACACGGGAAGAGGAAGCGGGCGCAAAGUAACCUAGGAUAUAAGCGUGCGGAACCAGGGGAAAAGAGCAGUAG